GGGGUAGCUGUUCUAAGCUCUGCAGGGAGUGCCAGGCUCUGUUCUCUAGCUGAGUUUGGCUGAUCCUGCUGCAAGGCAUGACUGGAAUGUCCAUGGUUCUGCUGGCAUUGCUUGCAGAUCAGGGAUGAGCCAGCUGGGUUGUCCUGCAGAGGGACAGGAAUCACGGCUGGGUGCUUCUCACAGCAGCCACGUCAGGAUCUUGCUGCUGCUGUUGAACUGAGCUGUGGAAUUGCUUUAUCCGUGCUGGGAUGUGUUUGUGUAACCCCUGCUGCUGGAGGGAGACGUGGGAAAGGGGCCCUGGGACAGGGGCCAUGGGAGAGUCACUGGGUCUCUGGAGUGUGCACGGCCCAUGGAACAGCCGAGGGUUUGUGUGUUCUGCUGCACCUCUGCUCCCCGGGGUUGGGGGUCUGGGACUGUGGGGGAGCAGAGUUCUGCUUUGGGCUGUGUCUGAUCUGGGGAUCAAGGCAGCUCUGUGUUUGUUCCUGGAGGGAGCUGGCUUAUCCUGCAGGGAGCUGGGUGUGCUCAGGGUCUGGCGGCUGCUUCUCCACGGGGGGGUCGGGAUAGAGCAGCUUAAAGGCCAAGCUGCAAAGCCGGCCUACUUCUGUGGUUUAAGCUACAGUUUAAGUGCAGGGGGGUGGGAGAUCUAGGAAACAGCAUGAACUACAAAGCCUUGCUCCUCCAUAGCUGGAAAAAAGAAUUCUCAGCUGAUGGUUUUGGUUCUCUGGCCUUGGUAUGAAGCCAGUUCUGCAGCUGCUGCUCCAAGCAGGGAUGGCUGGAGCACCUGGGUUUCAGAGGCUGAAGUCUCUGCUGCACCUCUGUCCUCGAGGAAAGCCGCCAGACUUUUUUGGGUGGAACAUUUUGGAGAGGCAGCAAAGGGCUGGCGUAGCUCGGAGCCUGUGUGCAGGCAGGUCGUGUGGCAGGGCCAGCUCUGCAUUCCCUGUGACACACUGGGGCGCUGCAGGGACAAAGUGCAGCCGUUCCUGCCUCUGGCUGUGUUUGUCACCAAGGAGGGGACAGCCUGUUCUGCAGCCUGAGGGGGGCACAUUGAUGGGGCAGAAAGAGAAAUGGCACACACCCGAUUCAGUCAAAGGAUCAGCUCUUCCCUGCUGGGUCCUGACUCCAGCAGUUGUGCCUAAAACUUCCAUUUGACUUCUGGACACUUCUGUUUUACUUCCUAAAGAGCCUGAGUGACUAAAGACCUCCAGGACGGCCAAUGCCUGGGCACAGGAGUCAGAGGGACCUUCACACGCUUUACCUGAAUGCUAGUUAAAGCUAAAAAUAGCGGUUAGAAAUACAUCCUGAGUCCUUUGCUUGUGAUAGAUGAAUCCUGAGCAAAGGAAAGCACAGAAGAGCAGCCACUGCCCUUACGGACCCCAAAGGUGGAGCGUUAGGGAAGCGCUAAUCCCUGCACAGCCUCGUCACCAAGAGGAUUAGGCAGCGUUCAUCUGGCCGCCGAGGGGCACGGCUGGGAAAGGGGCAGCGGGCAGGGCAGCGGGGCUCCCGCCUGUCCGCUCCCCUCUCGCCGUGCUCACGGCGAGCCGGGACAGCCCUUGGCGCUCGGGAUCGCUGCUGCGGGGCGAGGGCAGCCCGAGCGCGAGUGCGGGCCCGCGGGAGCCAUGGGCCGGCAGCGCGGCCCGGCCGGGCCCCGCUGGCUGCGGCUGCUGCGCGCCGGGGGCCGCCGCUUCCUGCGGCUCUGCGGGACGGCGCUGCGGGGGCUGCGGCGGCUCUGGAGCCUGGCCUGGGUCGGUACCGCACAGCCCUGCCCCGGGGAGCUGCCCAAACCUCUGCCGGCUCCACGCGGGGCGCGGGGCCGGGGCGCUGCUGGGGUGCGAUCGCUGCACCGCUGCUGUGGGGGGCUGGAGGAGGGGUGCAAUCGCUGCACUGCUGCUGCUGCUGGGGUGCAAUGGCUGCACCGCUGCUGCUGCGGGGGGCUGGCGGGUGUUGCAGCUGGAGCCGGGGAGCGCCUCACCGCAACACCCGGUGCGGGAGCGGGACCCUCGUCCCCGGGCUGCUGCUUGGCUCAAGGCGCCGGGUGGGUGUGGUUGUGCCCACCGAGAGCCCUGGGGACGCGGGGACACCUGCGCAGGGUGGGUGUGAGCCCUCCUCUCCCGCAGGUGCUGCUGAUGUGCUACAAGAGCUGCUGGGAUGGCGCCUUCCAGGUCACCGAGGAGCUCGGCACAGCUCUGCAGCUUAGACUGGAGGGGAGUGAGGAGGAGGAGGAGAAGGAUGUGGACUCUGAUUCUGCCUGGGAGCCUGGACGGACAGGGCAGUGGCACGGCGGGGCCAGCGAGGCCAUGCUGGGGAGGCUGGAGGCUCUGGAGGCCGAUGUCCGAUUCCUCUGCACCGAGCUGGGGGCUGAGAAGCUUCUGUGGAGCAGCCGGUUCCUGGAGCUGCUGCGGGAACAGCAGAGCCUGCGCCAACGGCUGCAGGAGCUGCCGUGGCGGUGGAACAGUGGGGACAGCCCCGAGCUGCUGGGGGAAGCAGAGGACCAAAGUGCCAGUGGGAGUGAGGGAGAGAGCCCAGAAGGACGCCAGUGGAUGGAGGCACCUCAGCAACCACGUGGCUCCAUCCAGCGUGACAGGCAGAAAAUGUAAGUGAAGCUGUGAGCAGGGCCUCGGCAAACCAGGCAGGAUGCACACAUUCCUCCCUGCCCAGGCACUGCAGGACACGGGCCAGGCUGCUGCAGCCCCAGCUCUAUCCCUGUAUGUGCCUCCAUCCGUCCCUUGGUGCUGGCUGGGCCCAGCCCAAACCAGCAGAGCUGCAGCCAUUCCCGAGGAGCAGGAGCCAGCUGGAGGCAGGUCAGGACAAGCCACUGGCCCUGGGUCUGCCCCAGGACACGUCACAGCCCUCCCUGCCCAGGGCUGCCGUGGGCUGACUGUGCCUGGU